GUGUUCCGGUUUGUUUUGCUCUGGAGCGACCGUGAUGUUCUAGCGUCCUGCUGUGUUACUCUCGUUUCUGUAGCUCCAUGACUGUCGUGUUUAACCCCGGUUGAUUCAGUCAGAAUGGAGGAAGAGGAGCAGCUUCGUUCUUUAAUGUUCCUCAUGACUUACAUGCUGCUGAAGCGUAGGAGAGACAUCAACGAUGCAAACAUCCAGAGACGCACCGAGAUCCAAAGACGCAUCAGACACCGACAGUACUUCUUCCAGAGACAGAGGAGGAUGCUCAUGAUGAUGAUAGCAGGAGGCAUCCGCUCCAACGUCCGCAUCCGCACGCGUCCCUGGACCAACACUCCGAGCACCGAUUGGUGGGAGCGUGUGGUGAUGACAGAAUUCCAGCCCUGUGAUUGGCUGGAUAAGUUCCGUAUGAGCCAGGAGACCUUCUUCUACCUCUGUGACAAGCUGAGGCCUCGUCUGGCCCGACAGGACACCAGCUUCCGCCUGGCGCUGCCGGUAGAGAAACGUGUGGCCGUGGCUCUGUGGCGCCUCGCGUCCAACAUCGAGUACCGGACCAUAAGCACCCUGUUCGGAGUGGGGAAGUCGACGGUGUGCAGGUGUGUCAGAGACAUGUGUCACGCUAUCGUGGCGCUCCUCAGCGCCGUGUACCUGCGAACCCCCAAUGAGCAGGAGCUGGAGGAUUCAGCUCAGCUCUUCCAGUCCUACUGGGGUUUUCCUCACUGUGUUGCUGCCAUCGCAACUCUACACACAGCAAUCAUCACUCCGUCAAACAACGCGUCCGACUAUGCCAACCCUGCCGGCUGGCUCUCAGUGCUGUCUCAGGUUGCCAUUAGCGGUCGGGGACAGUUCUGGGAUGUUUGUGCAAGCUUUCCAGGUGGAACAGAUCCAGCAGACAUCUUACAGAACUCGUCGCUGUGGGCCACAGCUGCAGAAGGUGGACUGUCACCUGUCCCACCACCUAUCUUCAUGGGGAAGACGCUCAGGUAUGUGUUGCUGGGUGAGGCCUGCUACCCUCUGCAGAGCUGGCUGAUGAAGGCCUAUCCUGAGGAAAAGAGCCGGAGGGCGAGUCACACAGCGCUGACGGAGCCUCAGCGGCUGUUUAAUCAGCAGCUCAGCAGAGCGCUGCGUGUUUCUGAGGAGGCGCUGCUGAGGCUGAGGGCCCGCUGGCAGUGCCUGAGCAAGAGGAACGACUGUGGGCUAGACGUGGUGCCCACCAUGAUCCUGGCUUGCUGCAUUCUGCACAACAUGUGCGAGUCCCACGGGGACGCUUUCAAAGCAGAGUGGCAGGUGGAGGUGGCUGAGGCAGAGAGCCCCCAACCCAGCCACAAGCAGCUCCUCUCCACUAGCAUGGACCAGAGUAAUGCUGAAGAGGUUAGACGCCUCUUCUGUGACUAUUUUGAACAGCAGAUUGAUUGAUAAAGGGCAGAAGUGACUGAAAAUCCUUGUAAACGUUUACAUUUUUUGUUACACUACCAACAUGACUGUGCUGUAGGAGUCUGUCACUUAUUCUGCCAGUCUAAUGUUAACAUGUAUCCUUAAGCUAACUGUAGGCGUGUUACAGCAAUGCAAGCAUGCAUCAUAUAUGGAUUUAGGUCAGAAGAGUUAAAUAAUAAUUGUCCCAUUUUAAAUCCAUCCAAAAAUAUUGCAUUAUAUAUUAAGACAUUUUUGUAUAUGUUGUUUAGAUUAUUCUCACGUAUUUUGCACAUUUUUGUAGUGCAUCAUUGCAUCAAGAUUCAAGUGUUAUUUAUGAUUAUAUGAGUUUGGUGUAUGUGGGUUUCUCUUGUUUUUGUUGGUGUUUCAUUGUGUAUUUCGAGGGCUUGCCACCAAGGCUGGACAAUAUGUCAUUUCAGCAUCAACACUGCCAUGUAUACAUGCACAAGUAUGUGCAAUGUGAAGUAUUGCAAAUUAUCUCAAACAACAUCACUGAUAUUUAAACUGUAGUCACACAACACAGAGUUUGUUUAGGAGGGUGCAGGCUCCACAUGUGCAAAGCAAAAUGCACAAAGAAUGGGAUACAAACUCUGAAAAGAAAGAUUUGGUUACAAAAGAAACAACAUUAGUUGUAUGGAAAAUGUUUCAGCUACGGAUAUUGUUGACUCAAAACAGGUACUUUUCUGCAGUGUUUUGAAUUGAACUGUUCUAUCAGCACCACAAAACUAUGUGUGACGGGUGCAAGGUCAGAUAUGAAUGCUUAUCCAUAGUUUAAAAAAAAAAAAUUGAAUGCCUUUGUCAAUGUUGCAGUUCCAAACUGCUUUUUCACUUUUUAUUCUUGAUAGAGAUGCACUUCAUUAAAAAGAGUUAUAGAACAUAUUGCAAUGUGCAACAAAAUUGGUCAGAUUGGUCAAUUAUUUAAGUGUUGUGAAAAUUUCUGUAUUUUUUUCAUGUCACGAUGUGUAGCAUAGAAAAACAUAAUAUUGCAUUGUCAGUUUUAAACCUAUGUCAUGCAGCCGUACUUGGAACCAGUGUUAACACUUAUUACACAGGUGGGAAAAAUACAGAAAAUAUUGAGUUGUUUUUUUUUCUUUUACUGCUUUCAGGGCACUUGGACCCAAACAGAGGCAUUGCACAUUACUUCAUAGAAAUUAAACUGAAUACUUGACUCA